ACGACUGCAUAGUUCACUUUUCGCUUUGUAUAGAUUUCAUAUAAUAUAAUUCUAAUCGCGUACAACAAGAGUCAAAAAUAGACGGUUGUAUGUGUUUAUUCAAUUGUUUAAUAAUAAAGAUCUUACAAUGUGCGCGUUAAAAGAAUAUAAUGUAAAUGAAAUAUUACAAAAUGUUGCUGAGUUUUGUGGUCUCUUAGAAUGGCACUAUUCUUUGCGUGAGUUUGAGAGUAUUGGCCAAAAUUAUUUCGGUUUUCUGGUGCCUUUGUGUUUAAUAGGUACGGAUGGCACUGAGAAAGAGGUGAAGUUAUCGUUGGUACUAAAAUUGGCUCCCACUGAUAAGAGAUUUCGUCUCAGCGAUGCGGUCACGCGCAUGUUUGACCGAGAAAUGUUUGUUUACCGUGUGGUACUGAGCAAAUAUAGAAAAAUACAGCAAAGUUUAUCUGUCGUUCAUUUUGUUAUACCUAAUUGUUAUUAUAUACGUCAAAAAUAUUGUGAAGAGGUUAUAGUGAUGCAAGAUAUGCGUGAAGAUGGCUACAUACCUUAUACAGGGCAGACAUUUUUGGAUUUGGAUCAUACGCUUGUAUCACUAAAAUCGUUAGCAAAGUUUCAUGCAUUGUCAUUCAUAUUAAAACAAAUCGACGAGAAACUAUACACUGAGAUUGAACAAAAAUGUGUACCUCUAAGUGACUUGACUGAUAAAAGGUUUUUGGAAGUGUUAAAUGACAGACUCUUAAAAGCACUGGAGAAGUUUGCCGAUACACAAUAUGUAUCACUGUUGUCAAACUUACAGCGAAACUGCGUCGAAUAUAUCAAACAGACUGCAGAAUUUACGGCAGCAACCUGCAUUUGCCAUGGUGACAUGUGGAAAGAAAAUAUUCUUUUUAAAUACAGAGAUACGAAACCCGUCGAAGCAUGUAUUAUUGACCAUCAAACCACUCGCACUUGCAGCCCGGCUUACGAUGUUCUCUACCUUAUAACAAGCAGUACAGAUUCAACUUUGAGAAGUCAACAUUUUGGGAAACUCUUGGAUACUUAUUAUGAAACGUUUGACAACUAUAUCAAGACUGCUGGAUAUGGUACCGAAACUUUAUACUCUAGGACUUCAUUCGAUAACGACUUGAAAGUGGUUGCUCCGGCAUGCCUCAUUGUGGCUAAUACUGCUUUGUGGUUAUCCAACGGUUUGCAACAGGAAGGUCACGUCCGAAGUAAAAACAUAUUGUCCACACGUGAAGAAAUGUCAACUGCUGUGCAGAAAUAUACAUCAGUAGUAAAAAAUAUAAUUGAUGAUUUCUCUAUGUAUGGUUACUUGAAUGUUUGAUUAAGUCAAUAUUGUUGUUUUUUCCUGUACAAGUAUUCUUUAUAAUGUAGUGAUCACUACGUUACGUGUUUCCGUUGUAUAGGUAAUUAUUAAUUUAUUUAAAUGAAAAGAAUAGCUAACAUUGUUAUAAGCAGCAGGAUAAAACAACCCAACUAUAUAGUUCAAUAUUAAAAUUUUGGUCCAUGGCUUCAAUACCUACAUAAUUAAGUAUCAAUACCCAUGUUCUUUCCGAUUCUCUCUGAGUUUUAGGGUUAGUUAUGGACCAUAGUUGGAAGAUAUUGACUAAAAUUGGAUGGUGUACGGUACUUUCUUAAAAUUAGGUCCAUUGAUAUAAAAUAUCGUAUCGUUUUUAAAAUACAGUUUGUUAAACAUUACUUGCGAAAAUUUGUAAGUAUGUUUCAACCCUAGCAAGUAGAUCCGAUGAAUGGCAUAUGACAUGUGUGAAUUUAAGAAAUUACUUUUCACCUCACUAGCUCGGAAAGCCCUUUUUAUUAUUUAAAAACAGAUAGCAAAACUGCAUUUUAUCCACAAGAGUGCAAAGAAUAUUUGAAAUCCGAACGUGUUAUUAGAUACUUUUUUAAACAAAAUAAACAUGAAUAGGCCAGUCCAGACAGGCCAAUUUUCCCCUAUCUGAUUAAAUUGUCUGAUCAAAUCAGGUGGCGUGGACGCAAAAUAAUUUUAUAUUGAAUUGUAUUC